CUUGCCUUCGUCGACGUAGCGCCAGAGCCGAGGCAAGAAGGCCAGACUCAACGACUCAGUUUCACUUUCUGACUCGCAUCUUUCGAUGCCCUUUUGAACUCGUCUCUUCUAUCCAUACCUUGUGCCGGUCAUAUAUAUCUUCCUUGCGUACAACACUAUCGCCCUCUGGUUUCAAACAAGGAUCCUGAAACUCUCCAGUCGUCAUGUCGGGCACUACCUUUGACGUUCUCAUCAUUGGAGCUGGCAUCAGCGGUAUCAACUCUGCCUAUAGACUCCAAGAGGCUCUACCAGACUAUUCUUAUGCUAUUCUCGAAGGCCGCAAUGAAAUAGGUGGCACCUGGUCCCUGUUCAAGUAUCCUGGCAUCAGAUCUGAUUCUGAUCUUCACACCUUCGGCUUUGCUUUUGAUCCCUGGAAGGAAGAUCGUUCCAUCGCUGAUGCGCCUUCGAUCCUCAAGUAUGUCAAGGAAACGGCGGCUCGUCAUGGCAUUGACAAGCACAUCUUGUACCAUCACAAAGUCGACAAGAUGAACUGGUCAAGUGAACAUCAACAAUGGCAGCUCGACGUCACCAUCAACGAAACCGAAAAGAAGAGGUUCUACGCUCGCCACAUCUGUCUCGGUACCGGCUAUUACGACUACAAGACGCCCCUGCAGAGCAAGAUCCCUGGCAUUGAGAACUUCAAGGGAACCGUGGUCCACCCACAAUUCUGGCCCGACGAUCUGGACUACACCAACAAAAAAGUCGUCGUCAUCGGCAGCGGAGCAACGGCUGUCACCAUCUUACCCAACAUGGUCGACAAGGUCCAACAUAUCACCAUGUUGCAACGGAGUCCAGGCUACUUCCUUCCACUUCCUCUCAGCGAACCUAUCGAUCGAUUCAUCAAGAAAAUUCUGCCGGAAAGUUGGGCGUACAAACUCAUCCGCAUCAGAUUCAUGCUGUUGUCGGUCUUCUUCUUCAACUUCUGCCGUCUCUUCCCUAAGCAGGGGAUUCAAACACUACGCAAGGGUACCGAGAAGGAAUUGCCGCCAAACAUUCCAUUCGACCCUCACUUCGUGCCCAAGUAUAAGCCGUGGGAGCAGAGGAUGUGUAUUACUCCAGGUGGUGACUUCUUCGCGGCCCUCCGGACCGGUAAAGCCGACAUUGCAACGGACACCAUCGAGAUGGUGACCGAAUCUGGCAUCAAACUCAAAUCCGGUCAGACCCUCGACGCCGAUAUCAUUAUUACUGCUACGGGUCUGAAGAUUCAGUUUGGUGGCGGCGCGACUGUCGCAGUCGACAACGAGCCAGUUCAUCUCGGUCAGAAAUACACGUGGCGUGGCGCCAUGAUGCAAGAUUUGCCCAACUUUACCUUUGUCUUUGGGUACACAAACGCCAGCUGGACACUCGGUGCUGAUGCUACGGCCCAGCUCUGGGUCAGAAUUCUCAAGACCAUGCGUGACAAGGGUUUGACGACCGUGGUACCCAAGGUCGGCGACAAGGAGGUCAUUUCGAACGUUCCAUUCCUCAAUUUGAACAGCACUUAUAUCAAAGCUGCAGAGCCAGAGCUGCCAAAGGGCGGUGACCGAGGGCCAUGGAGGCCGAGAAGUUCCUUCAUCAAGGACAUGUGGUUCGCUAAAUUCGGUGAUAUUCAGACUGGUUUGCGCUUUUCUCGAGUCUCGACUUGAUAUGGAACCAAGUCGUUCAACUGGCGGAUAGAAAAGACUGGGUCAACGGCCAAGGAGUUGGGGUUGCUUGAUAUGGGAUUCAGUGGUAUAACGAUGGGGAAGUUUGGACAAGCGUCGAGACCUGAUGUCGGUCGUUCCCAUUGCGAUGAAGGUAGACAUGUUGGCUGCUCCGCCGCUGUUUUGACACGUUAGGGUGUCACUUUUUCGGUAUCCUUAGCGAGGCCUAUACAUUGAGUCUGUUAUUAACC